UGUCUGACAUAUUAUUAUUAUUAUUAUUAUUAUUAUUACUUUCCAUCCCCAAAGGCAAAGGCCAAAACCCAUCCUUUUUAUUUUUCUUGUGAUUGAUUCCCUGUUUGUUGUCUUCGGUUGAAUUCGAGGUCUUCGUUUCUGGUAAUCCCUCCUUCCUGGUAACAAUAUCCGUUGAGUACAUUCUCCAGGUAUUCUUUCUGUUAGCAAGGCCAGGAUGUCAGACUUGCCUCGUCGUAUGAGAGCUUGCUUGCAGUCUGGGAAACUCGCCAUGUUAGCAAUUCUUGUGUCAGGGGGAAUUGUAUUGCAAAUACUGGCAUGCGCUCUAUACAAUAAUUGGUGGCCGAUGUUAACAGUAUUAAUGUAUGUUCUACUACCAAUGCCUUUAAUCUUCUUUGCUGGGUUCGAUACUUCUUCUCUCUACUCCGAGUCAACCAGUGGUUGGAUAGAUGCAGCUAAGUUUAUGACUGGUGCAUCAACAGUUGGCAGCAUUGCUAUACCAGUUAUUCUGAAGCACUCUGGUGUAAUUGGUUGGGGAGCAUUAGCAAUGGAACUCUCAUCCUUUUUCGUAUUCGCAUUGUCUAUUUUAUGCUACCUUGGUUCGAAUGAGGAUGAUGGCUACACUAUGUUUUAAGACUUGGUGCUGCAACCUCCUGCUAUUGCUUUUGUUAAGAUCCAUUGUAAUUAUUGCAGUUGGUUUCCAUCGUGGAUGAGCUCUGAUUUGUAAUAUGUUAGUGUAAAUUUAUCAGCAUUCAUUUUGCAUUCUGUCUACCCUUGUUUGUCAAAGGAAGGAAAAAAAGAAUAUGUGGGACUAGAUAGAUAUGUUGUGUGUACUAUACAAAAUAUUCUUAUGAAGCAUAUAUGUGUAUGAUGUUUUGUGAUGAAAUAGUUAUUAUAUGAGUGACAAA